CCUACAUGCGGGAUUCUUGGUCAUACAUCCUGAUCGCCGUAUUCAUCUGCCUUCUUCUGUUCCUGAUCUGGAAAAAGCAAGCAAUUCGUAAAACUACAUUGGCCGGCAUGAAGAACUUUAUUGGAAAAGCCAAAACGGCGUGGGAGAACCAUCGACCUGGACAGCAAAAUCAGGAACCCUUACAAGAAGGACCCUCACGCAUACAGCCCCCCACCCUAGCCGACGUGACGAGAUAUCACUAUCACCAUGGCACGAACAUUGGCUCUGUGUUCGUGCUCGAAAAAUGGUUGACUGGUAGCAUGUUCCAUGCCGAUGCCAAUGGCAAAAGCGAGCUUGCUGCUGUCGAAGCCAGAGUCAAUGCCGAAGGCCUCGAUGGAGCCCGUCAACGUCAUGAGAAGCAUUGGCGAGAGUAUGUCAGCGAUGCAGACCUAGAUUGGCUGCGAGACUUCGCAAGAUGCAACUCGAUUCGGUUGCCUAUUGGCUACUACGUUCUUGGACCGCCUUAUUGCAAAGAUACCCCCUUCGAAAAAGUCGCACCGGUUUACGAGAAUGCCUGGUCUGCAGUGAAAGAGCUUAUCCAACGAUGCAGCGACCGUGGCAUCAGCGUUGUCAUCGAUAUGCAUGGCCUACCUGGUGGAGCUAACGCCCAAGAUCACUCGGGAACAGAUCUAGGAAAAGCGGAACUCUGGUCGUCGAACAGCAACAGGGAGCUUGCAACCCGUGCACUCUGUUUUAUAGCACAACAAGUGAAAAGUCUAGAUGGUGUCGCUGCAAUUCAAAUUAUCAACGAAGCUGAAUGGAAUGCAAAGGGCAUGUACGAGUGGUACGAUGCAGUGCUUGCUGAGCUAUCCCGUAUCGAUGCCUCGAUGCCCAUCUACAUUUCAGACGCAUGGAACCUUGGCCCUGCCGCAAAGUGGAGUCAGAAGCACAAUUCGAUCAGCACACAGACAAACCCUGUCGCUGUGGAUACCCACAAAUACUGGUGUUUCGCGGAUCAUGGCAAGACACCACAGGAGGUUAUUGGCGAUGCAGCGAGUAAGCUCUCUGGGCUCGAUGGGAAGGAUGGCGCUGUUGUCGAACACGGUGCCUCCCAGGCCAUUGUUGGCGAAUACAGUUGCGUCCUGGGGGAGAAGACCUGGGCCAAAGGCGGAGACACACCUAAAGAGGAGUUGGUCCGUCAAUUUGGAAAUGCACAAUCCCAGCGCUAUCAACAAAGAUCAGGCGGUAGUUUCUUCUGGACAUAUCGCAUGGACUGGAUGCCUGGUGGCGAAUGGGGAUUUAAGAACAUGGUUGAGAAGCAUGCCAUCACGGCACCAGUCUCUCUGACACUCGAGGCUUCAGACAUUCAAAACCGGCUCGCAAACGCCCAAUCUCAACAACAGCAGCGCAAGAACGAUACCGUCUCAGGUCACUGCAAUUACUGGGAUACGAAGCAUCCUGGCCAAUACGAGCACUUCAGAUUCGAACAAGGCUGGGAUGUCGGAUUCAACGACGCCUCGCACUUUUUUGGCAGCAGAAGCGAGCGCAAUCUACCCGGUGCGGAGAAAAUCGGUAUGCUCGACCUGUGGUGUUUGAAGCGACUCCGUGAGAGUGGACAAAGCGGUAAAUUUGUGUGGGAGUUUGAGCAGGGCUUACGACAGGGUAUUCGUGACUUUCAACAAUCUGUUGGAGUAUGAGCAACCAGCAUCGACCGAGAUAAGUGAUAUUCUAAUACGAUUGGCGAUGCCUGAAUGUGAUCGUGAGUGUGAAGUCACCGAAAGAUCGUGAGGAAAGCACACCGGGUGAUGCUUUUUCUUCGUCAGCAUGGUUUCGCGUUUGCAGCUGACACAGUCCACGUCUCAUAUCAAACCAAUCAAAGUAUUAGAGUUCCAGCCGUCAAGUAGAUCCGAGAGACCUCUGAUGAAUAUGCUUCUUGGGUGACUAUGUGAUAUGUCGACUGGGGAAAGGAGUGUUGCAAGACAAAGGCGCCGCGGGAGGAUCCGACGGGCGAGCGGGCUGAACGGGGGGAGUUUGUUGCCAAAGGAUGCUAUGCAGCGAGCGGUACUGCAGCGGAC